GCUUCUUUCCGAGAAGCAGGCAUCUGGGAGCGCGACAGCGACUGCACGGCUAGGAAAGUUUUCAACGAGUGCAUCUGCAGACGAGCUUCAUCGCCGACACAUCUGAAGCUGAAAUCGGUGCAUGUGUCCCGAUGGGGGCCGGCUUGCCUCGUCAGUGAGAAUUCCCCAGAGAAUAUUUCAGUUCUGAAACAGUGAAUCCAUGUUCUAGUGACACCAUGGUCUCCGCCCUGAUCUCUCGAUUGGUGGUAUUGUUUCUUGGGACGCUCUACCCGGCUUACGGUUCGUACAAAGCCAUACGAAGUAAAAAUGCUCGCGAAUACGUGCACUGGAUCAUGUACUGGAUCUGCUUCGCCUUCUUCACAUUCUUCGAGACGUUCUCGGACAUCUUUUUGGCGUUCUGGAUCCCAUUCUAUUACGAAAUGAAGAUUCUAUUCCUGGCGUGGCUUCUCUGCCCGGCAACCAGAGGUUCGGCGAUUCUCUACAAAAACUUCGUGCACCCACGACUGGUGAAGCACGAACAAGAAAUUGACGAAAUGAUAGAAACCGCACGUCAGAAUGGGGUCAGUGCCAUGUACCAACUGGGUACACGAGGUGCCCAGUAUGCGUCCCAGCUCCUGGCGACCACUGCUCUCAAGGGACAACAGGUAUUACUGAAGCAAAUUCAGCGAUCCUACAGCCAGGCCGAUGUUACCGACGGCGGGGAAAUUCUCAGUCCUGAUGAGAUGACUAUCAUGUACAGAAGAGCAGGAUCUCGGAACCUCGAUGCCAGGAAAAUGAUCCGCAGCGAACCUGCAUUCUCGGAUGAAGAAGAGGAAGACUUCCAGAUAGUUGAGGAGGACGACGCCGCCGCCGCGGGAGCUGCGAUGGAGAUCGAAGGAGAACCGCCGAGACUCCCUGGCAAGAAGAAAGGUACGUGUUCUCCCGAGGAAAGGAGACGCCGACUCUAUCGUGAACAAGAGAGUGAAUGGAGUGAUUCGAGUGAGAGUGACGUAGCAAUUGCUCGAUCGCAUGGCACCCGGAGCCGGAAACAGGAUGACAGUGACUCGGACUAUAAGCCCGUGACGAGAUCCAAAGUUCAGAGGAAGGCAGCUGUUAGAAAAUCCCCCAAACUAACCUCUAGUUCCAACGUCAACAACAACAGCAACAACAACAACAAUAACUACUCGGGUCGCAGAGCUCGUUGAUGAAACAUGAUCUGCCAAGAUCUACCUCCUUAUUGUGGUACCGAUUAUCCGAGAGCGGGAUGACGCACGGGGCCUGGCGCCUGUUAGCCACCCUCCUGAUCUGUCAACUGCGAGACUCUCUCCCGGAGCCUUAUAGCCUCUACAUGACUUUUGCCUUUUCUUUGUGGAACACUCUGCUGGAAACUUCUGAGACGUUGCUCUCUGGGCGCCAUUGUUCCUCACUCAUGACUUUUCUCCCCUUGUGACUGAUCGUGAAUGAGACUUCGAGGUACGAGAGGAAUGAGUAACUUGUAUAUAUUUUAUAGAGGAUAUAUACCUGGC